GUAAAAAGACAUACCACAGUUUGCGGGCUUCGUUUUAAAGCGCGUGUAUUUCACGUUGACUUCAACUCCCAUGAUGCACCUCUACUGCUCAAUACGACCAAGGCGGUAGCCAGUCAGCAGCAGGUAAACAAACCUAUCUGCUUCUUGGGAAGACGAGCUAAACAAAGCGUAUGCACUGUCUUGCAUUUUUAAUGGCAUGGAAGAUGAUAGUCCAAAAAGAGAUGACUCAGCUGUCACCAAUUCAUUAAAAAGUCGCGCGAUUGUUAUUUAAUCGAGGCGAGUCGACGACGAGCAGAAGGACGAAUUGAACCUGCAGUGAAGAAACGAGCGCCGACAUCUGCGCAUGAUGCAUUGCAGCACUUUAAAGAAAAUGUGUGUUUUUAGCCUCAUUCUCAGAAUAGGGUACAUGAUUCGGGACGUCGGCUGGGUUCUUUAGCUACCGUAACAUUUGAUUGUGCUGGAUUCUCAACAAUAUCCCAUCUGUGCGACCUGCAACAUGGGGCCCAUCAUGCAGGAACGCACAGCGUCCACGACACUGAAACGCGUCGUCUCCAAAGAGAAGAUUCGAGGAAAAAAUACCGAGAACAAUGUGCCAGUAACAAGUUCAAAGAAAGGUAACAAGAUGAAGAAAGCCGUGGGUCCAACGAAAAACGGCCUCCCAGGACCGGGUCAGGAUAAGGACACACUGACCACAGUGCAGAAAGGUGCACAGUCAGGCAGGUUUAAAUCUGGCACUGCACGGAAUACGAGCAAACUCUCCAGCCCCGAAGAAGAAGAUUUGAGACCCCCACUCCGCAAACACGUGUCGGUGCACAGGAAAGAGGAGAAACGUGAAAAUCAGCGAUUGUCACAAUGCAGCAAUGAGCUACACCUGAAUCGUGGGGCGAUGGGGAAAAACAGGCGUGCCCUUUCCCUGCCUCUCUCCCCAAUAUCAGGUCUACGACACAUGCCAUCACACCCACUAACACACUCUCCUGCCCCGACCCCAGAGACCCUACAGCAGCACUACAACCAGAAGGAUGUUGACACUGACAGCGCCAGUGAUCUGUCAGACUCUGAGAGGCUGCCUGUGCUGCCCUCUCCUUGUACCCCCUGCACCCCCCCUCACCUCAAUCUGCGGGCUGAGGUCAUAAACACCAAUGACUUUCCCCCUGACAUCCCAGGACCCCGUGGGUGCGUGAGUGAUGAAAUUGAGAGUGAAAAACCCAGCUACAGUUACUCAGACUUUCUACCGCCUCCGUUCAACAGCUGGAGCCUGAAACAGCUUGCAGUGUUCCUUCACACAGAGGGCCGCGGGGCCCCCAGGCCCAAGCCUGUAGGGCCAUUAGAGAGGUACCUGGAGAGGCUACUGCAGUUGGAGUGGCUUCAGAUCCAAACAGUGCAAGCAGAGAGCAGCCGACCACCAGGGAGCAGACCGAGACCACAGAGCUUUCCCUCUGCCACUACCGCACACCCUCCAAGGCCUCACACUGCUCCAUCAUCCCGACUCAACUCCCCUAAAGGGCUGCGGCAAAGUCAGCGAGCCUUCCCAUUCACACCUGUCAACAACCCUCCAUCACCUGCUGCAGCCCAGCACCAGCACUCACGCUUUCCAGUCUGUCCUCAUUGUCACAUUCGCUACCCACUGUGCAAUGGAAGCUGCUCUGCCUACGCCUACCAGCGCCACUCGCGGCUCAGCCCACUGCUUGAGCGCAGAGCAAGACCUGGAGCACCGACAAAGAGGAGCAGCAGUGAGACCAGAGCAAACUCCACAGAAGGCAGGAGUCCAGGAGGACAAGGCGGAGCCCAGACCCCAGUUAGCCCCUCAACCGGAAGGAGUCAUCUCAGACACAUGCAGGCGGCGGGCAAUGCACGUAAGCAACCCCAAGAAUCUGGAAACAAUCCAAACAGCAGAGGUCCGGUGAGGAAAAGCCGUGUCAGAGCUAACUCUGAGACGGAUGUUAAAAAAGAGCCUGGUGGCAAAGCAGCCGCUACAGAGAAACGUGUCUUUGCUGCAAGUAAGAGAGAGGUCACCACUUCCAAGAGAGUAGAGAAGGACUGGCAGAGGACAGAGGCAGGAGGUCAGGCCUCGAAAACUGCUACCAAGAGAUCUCCUAAGGAGCCACAGUCUCUCUCCAAAGCACCGCUUAGCAGUAAGCAGAAUGGCAAAACAAAAAAUGUGCACUUUGUCACAAAGUAACCUGUGUACACACACAAUAUAGCGCUUUAUUUAGUGUUUACCUGGUACAGGAGCUUAAACCUAUGCCUGCUUUCUGUGUUAUUUGUGUAAUACUAACAUGUAACUGUUGUACAGCAGUCUAAAUCAGUGGUGUACAGCCUUCAAAAGGUUAAAACUAACAAGUAGUUUAGCAGCUAGAAUAUAGACAGCACUGACUUUAAAGGUUAACAAAUAAAGCAAAAAUAUAUGAAUACAUUGUAAACAUUCAAAUGUGCGGCAAGUAUACAGUCAUAAUGUUGCACUGUGGUGAAAGAAGAAUCACUAUGGCCCCAGGUCUUUAAAAGCAACGCUUCUAUGUUAUUAAAGUUAUUUGCACUGCAGUCCAUGUGCUACUAAUGUUGCUACAUGCAUCAAAUAAGCAUCCACUGAACCACUGAUCAGCUUUGAGCAUAAGUAUUUCAUAGUGAAGUUUAACAUAGAUCAUUGCAUUUUGGUCAUAAAUUACAACUGUAGCUGUUACAAGUAGUUUUGAUGUUGGAAUGUCUUUGUUUUUAAAGCUUUUUCUUUACUUGAUGUUGUUUUUAAACUUUUCUUUGGUGCCUCAUCUUUUAAGUCACGUUUACAGCAUCUUCGACUGAAAUGAAGGAGGCGCAAUAAGUGGUGUUGUACUGCUGUAAUGUAAGUUGUUCCAGAUAUAUUUGUGCAAUGGAUUUCUAUCUUUGGUUACAAGGGCUUUUCAUGUUUGAACAGCUUGAAUUGUAGUCAAUGAUGAUAUACUGUAUUUUGCAUAGAGCUGAGCUCUUUCUAUCAUUGAAGACAGUGUAAUGUUUGCUAUGAAUGUAAAUGCAUAUUUUUUCAAAUUUUAUAUACCAUAGUUAUAUUUAUGAAAAGUGUUGUGGUUGGCCUGUAUUCACCAUUGUCAUUGUUAUGUUUACAUUAUCGAGCACUAUUAGAAAAUAUUUAGCAAAAGAGCUGAAUGUAAUAUAAUGCUGUACCAUUGGUUCAUGCCUAUGAUGAAGUGGAAUUUUAACACAUCAUUGCUGUAAGACUGAAACACCUUAAUGUUCUACAUAUCACCUCCAUCGUCUACUGCAUACUUGAAGUCUUUAGAACACUGUUCACAUCAGAGUGUCUUCUCUGUUGGUGUUAUUGUCCAUACACAUAGAAUUCAUGGAAACACUUUAAUGUUAAUAUGAUAUGUAUUCAUACUGCACCUCUCCUCUUAUUAUACAUGUAAAGUAUCAAAGCCAUAGACAAGGGACCAGAAGUGGCGCUGUUCUUAUAACUGUGUACAUGAUGUUGACAAGCACGCUGAAAGAUUGUGGUAUGUAUUUUCACAAUAUUGAAUGCAAGUAUUUGUAAGGCAUAGAAAUAAAUGUU